CACCGACAGUCGCGCACAGUCAGCCUCUCACUCAUCCUCAUCUGCAGGAGGGCAAACAAGCAGAAGCCCCGUCUCUUCGGAAAAGCAGCACGCAUCUGUCAGGACUGUCCCGUUCCGUCGUUUGCAGGAAGCGAGAAGGAUUGUGCACGCAGCAAAGCCUGAUGAGCGGCUUGAACUCAGCAGAUAUUGCCGUCGGACUUGAUAACUAAGUUUGUCGCGCUCCCAUCCAAAGAGGAAGGGACUUUUUGUGGGUGGACCUUUUUUUCCCCCCUCCUUCUAAGCGGGGAAAGCAGUCGGUGGGUGCCCAGUCGGCGUCUCUGCAGCUCGCCUGGCUUUGGAGUCGAAUGUUGAUGUCGCUCCUCGCCCACGUACGUCAGGCGAGCGGGGAUGAGAGCGCGACUUCCUUCGCGGAGAGCGCAGCAGCUAUGAGGACACAAGUCUGCUCUCGGGGUUAACAGAACCAGACCACACCGCAUCGCACCAGCAGGUAGAAUGCGGGAGCCCUGUCCGUGCGGAGGUGGCGGCGGCGUCCGUGCGUGGAGCCUGCUGCUGUCGAUCUGCCUGGCCUCCUUGACGCACGCGCAGCGGAGUCACACAGUGCAAGUGAAAGCCGGCACGUGCGAGGUGAUCGCCGCCCAUCGCUGCUGCAACAAGAACAAGAUUGAGGAGCGAUCUCAAACGGUCAAAUGUUCCUGCUUCCCUGGCCAGGUCGCCGGCACCACUCGGGCCAAGCCCUCUUGCGUGGAUGCCUCCAUUGUGGGCCAGAAGUGGUGGUGUCAGAUGGAGCCGUGCAUGGAAGGCGAGGAGUGUAAGGUUCUUCCGGACCUCACGGGAUGGAGCUGCAGCACCGGCAACAAAGUCAAGACCACCAAGGUGACGCGAUAGUCGAAGAAGACGCCUUUGCUGAUGAAGAUUUGCCCCGAGCUAGGAACGGCGGCCGCCGAGGCAGCCCGGACUUUUGCGCGGCCCAAACUUGCGCUCGGCCGCAAAGGGCCGCCUGACGCCACCUCCCGGACCGAGGGAAGCGGCAGCUGGGCAAAAGUCCUUUUUUUCCCCAGCCAGCCAGACAGACAGACGUAUUCUCCCCCGUGGCGUUCCGCAGAAACACGGCCAAUGGUUGGCCUUUGGAUUUCGAACGCCAUCAAAUUGAACAUUUUGUCAAAUUGUGUCCCCCCCCCACCUCUGAAAAAGCGCCGCCUUUGUAGGAAUUAUUUACCUGAACUAGUUUGUGGUUGACCACCUUUUUGUUUUUCUUCUUUGUGUUUAAGCUCAGAUUGCUAUCACGUGAGAUGUUCUGCUCUCCAUGUCAAAAUGGUGCGUGUUUUCAAACGUAUUCUAGGCAACGAAUAAAGCCUCAAAAGCCAAGGGAACAUA